AUGAAGUCACAAAAAAGAGGUGACAAUGUGUUUAGUUAUAUUGAAAAAACAAAGGAAAAAAAUUUAUAUAAAAUAAAUAAAGGGUUAGUUCAAAAUAUGAAUGUAGAAGGUCAUAUUUAUGUAAAUGAAAGAUUAAAAUUAUUAAUAGAUGAUGAAAUAAAAACAUAUGAACAAAAUAGAUGUUCUACUUUUUUACCAGCAGUAAUGCAGAUAGCUAAUGUGUCUACAUUGCCAGGAAUAGUAAAAGCAUCCAUUGCAUUACCUGACGUUCAUGCAGGUUAUGGUUUCUCUAUUGGGAAUGUAGCAGCUUUUGAUAUGAACAAAGAAGAAGCAAUAGUAUCUCCAGGAGGAGUAGGAUUUGAUAUAAAUUGCGGUGUUCGUUUAAUUAGAACUAAUUUAUUUUAUGAUGACAUAAAACCGAAACAAGAAGAAUUAACGCAAUCUUUAUUCAAUCAUAUACCUGUAGGAGUUGGUUCACAGGGUUUUAUUUUAUGUAAUCAAGAGAAUUUAGAUGAUGCUUUAUGUUUAGGUAUGGAUUGGUGUGUUAGGGAAGGAUAUUCAUGGAUUGAAGAUAAAUUAAACUGUGAAGAUAAUGGAAGAAGUUUAUAUGCAGAUAGCAAUUACGUAUCCGUUAGAGCAAAAAAAAGAGGAAUAACUCAAAUGGGAACAUUAGGAGCAGGAAAUCAUUAUGCAGAAAUUCAAAUAGUAGAUGAGAUUUAUGAUAAAAGAAGUGCUAAAUUAAUGGGUAUUGAAAAAAAAAACCAAGUAUGUAUUAUGAUUCAUUCAGGUAGCAGGGGACUAGGACAUCAAAUAGCCACUGAUGCAUUAAUAGAAAUGGAAAAAAGUAUGAACAAAUAUAAAAUAAAUGUAAUCGAUAAACAGUUGGCUUGUACACCUAUUUACUCAAAAGAAGGACAAAAUUAUUUAAAAGCUAUGGGUUCUGCUUGUAAUUUUGCAUGGAUUAAUAGGUCUUCUAUGACUUUUCUAGCAAGACAGACUUUUUCAAAAAUGUUUAAUCAGUCUCCAGAUGAUUUAGAUAUGCAUGUGAUAUAUGAUGUUUCUCAUAAUAUAGCCAAAAUUGAAGAACAUUUUGUUGAUGGAAAAGUAAAAAACUUAUUAGUUCAUAGAAAAGGUUCUACAAGAGCUUUUCCUCCAUUUCAUCCAUUAGUACCUUUAGAUUAUCAAUAUUGCGGUCAACCAAUAUUAAUAGGUGGUACAAUGGGUACAUAUUCAUAUGUAUUAACAGGAACUGAAAAAGCAAUGCAAGCUACUUUUGGAUCAACUUGCCAUGGUGCAGGUAGAGCAUUAAGUAGAAAUAAAAGCCGAAAUACAUUAAAUUAUAUAGAUGUUCUUAAUAAAUUAAAAGAAGAAAACAUAUCAAUAAGGGUAGCUUCUCCUAAAUUAAUCAUGGAAGAAGCACCAGAGUCAUAUAAAAAUGUUUCAGAAGUUGUUCAAACUUGUCAUGAUGCAGGAAUAUCAAAUAAAUGCUUUCGUUUAAAACCAAUAGCAGUUAUAAAGGGAUAA